CGCCGUGGAUGCUACUGUGCCUGCUGUUACUGGGGAGUUUGGAGCCUGCAGGGGCCACGCUGAUCCGAGUCCCUCUUCGCCGAGUCCACCCUGCACACAGCAUCUUAAGCCCACUGAGUGGAUGGGGACAGCCAGCAGAGCCUCCUAGGACCGCCACCUCUGGUGACGAGCCCACCUUUGUGCCUCUGUCCAAGUUCAUGAACACGCAGUAUUUUGGAGCCAUUGGUUUGGGGACGCCUCCUCAGAACUUCACAGUUGUCUUUGACACGGGCUCUUCAAAUCUCUGGGUGCCCUCCUCGAGAUGUCAUUUCUUCAGUUUGCCCUGCUGGUUUCACCAUCGUUUCAACCCCAAGGCUUCCAGCUCCUUUCGGCCCAAUGGAACCAAGUUUGCCAUUCAGUACGGGACUGGGCGGCUGAACGGAAUCCUGAGCCAGGAGAAUCUGACUAUCGGAGGAAUCCAGGGUACCUCUGUGACUUUUGGAGAGGCUCUGUGGGAGUCCAGCCUGUUUGCUUUUGCUCGCUUUGAUGGGAUCCUGGGCCUCGGUUUCCCAACUCUGUCUGUGGGAGGAGUUCAGCCUCCGCUGGACUCGAUGGUGGAACAGGGGCUGCUGGAGAAGCCCAUCUUCUCCUUUUACCUCAACAGAGAUGCUGAGGGGUCUGAUGGAGGAGAGCUGGUCCUGGGGGGCUCAGAUCCAGCCCACUACAUACCCCCCCUCACUUUCAUACCAGUCACCGUCCCUGCCUACUGGCAGGUCCACAUGGAGAGUGUGAAGGUUGGUACAGGGCUGACUCUCUGUGCCCAGGGCUGUGAUGCCAUCCUAGACACAGGCACAUCUCUAAUCACAGGACCUAGAGAGGAGAUCCGGGCCUUGAAUAAGGCCAUUGGGGGAUUUCCCUUCCUGGCUGGGCAGUACCUCAUCCAGUGUUCCAAGAUCCCAGAGCUUCCCCCCGUCUCCUUCCACCUUGGUGGAGUCUGGUUUAACCUCACAGGCCAGGACUAUGUUAUUAAGAUUCUUAAGAGCGAUGUUGGCCUCUGCCUGUUGGGCUUCCAAGCUUUGGACGUUCCGAAGCCUGCAGGACCCCUCUGGAUCCUCGGAGACGUCUUUUUGGGGCCCUAUGUGGCUGUCUUCGACCGAGGAGAUAAAACCAAUGGCCCGCGCGUGGGUCUGGCACGUGCUCAGUCUAGUGCAACGGGGCCGGCAGGAAGAAGGGUUGCCCAGGUGCAGUUCCCCAGAGGACGCCCCAUUUAGGAUACAGGCACACAGGGCUUACAAAGGCUAUGCUUCU